AUGACUGACCCAUUGUCUCCGACAGGUAUCUGCGUCAAGUGUGGGAAGGGCGUGUAUGGGGCCAGCCAGGCUUGCCAGGCCAUGGGGAACCUCUAUCACACCAACUGUUUCACCUGUUGCUCCUGUGGGAGGAGGCUGCGAGGGAAGGCAUUCUACAACGUCAAUGGGAAGGUCUAUUGUGAGGAGGAUUUCCUGGUAAGCCACCUGUACACUCACACUUGGUGGAUUCUGGGAUGCCUGAGGCUGGAAAGACAGGAGGUGCAGGUGGAGCUCAUGAGAAUGGAUGUCAUGCUCUGUGAUUGCCCCGUCACCCCUGGGGGCGUGCGGGGGACGGGGGAGGUGGUGGCAGAUGGUAGAGUCGGGAGUGAUGUCAGGGCAGGGGGCAGGCUGCCCAUCACCACCUCCCACCUCCACCUGGUGGCCGAGUCCCCUCGGUCAGGCCCCGCGUGUCAUCAGUACUCCGGCUUCCAGCAGACAGCUGAGAAGUGCUUUGUGUGCGGUCACCUCAUCAUGGAGAUGAUCCUCCAGGCGCUCGGCAAGUCCUACCACCCCGGCUGUUUCCGCUGUGUAGUGUGUAAAGAGGGUCUAGAUGGAGUGCCUUUCACUGUGGAUGUUGAGAACAACAUCUACUGUGUCAAAGACUACCACACGGUUUUUGCUCCCAAGUGUGCCUCUUGCAACCAGCCCAUCCUUCCUGCCCAGGGCUCUGAGGAGACCAUCAGGGUUGUUUCUAUGGACAAGGACUACCACGUGGAGUGUUACCACUGUGAGGAAUGUGGUCUUCAGCUAAAUGACGAGGAAGGCCAUCGCUGUUAUCCACUGGAGGGACACCUUCUGUGCCACAGCUGCCACAUCCACCGGCUCCAGUCGAAGGUGCCCGCACACCCGCCCCCGAGCUACCCCCUCCACGUCACUGAACUGUGAGUAGUUGGACCAAACUCCUCCGCCUACCAGGCGACCCAGGACACCAGCAGUGGGCGAAAGAGGCCCACACCCAUCCUCCAGCAGUUCCAGGAAAGCCUGUGUGUGCGACCAUGAGAUACUGCCCCCGUCCUGAGCUGGACAGCCGGGCCAUGGAUCCACACACACACACACACUGCGCCACUAGCCCCUUCCUCCAUCUGCAUUACUCCCCCCCCCCCCCUUCCAUCUGGGUGCCUAACCCUGAAACCGGCUCACCCAGAGGCCCCUGGUGACGUCACACCCCCUGACCUCUUCACAUCCAUCAAAGAGAGGGUUGUUGGACCUCUCUCUUUGCUCCCCCUCUCUUCUUCUCCACGCUCUUCAUUCCUGCGCGCCGACUGAGGCGUCAGGCAGGCCGGGGAAGGAGCCGCUCCACUCCAAACGCUGGCUGGAUGGGACAGGCAGUGCCUUCAGAGCGGGCUCGCUCCGUGCUGCUCCAAAACACUGAAACAGAGUCCCGCGAAAGGCUAUGCAAAGGACACCCAGCAUCCCGACACAGGGCUGCGCGAACAGAAAAAAACAAACUGCCUCUCGUCAUCCUGCGCUGCGCAGACAUGACACGCACCCGCAGCACCACGAGCCCACAGGUCCGACCGACAUUCCACGUAGAAGACUGAGACGACACUUCAAGAGAUUCACGAGCAUUGUCUUAAUCGAUGAUUAUCUAAUGACAAGAGAGAGAAAUUUUUUAGAUGCACAUAGAUUGUCUUUUAUAUAUGAAUAUAUAUUUCGCAGAUGUUUUCCACAUAAGUUUCUAGAUGUAGUGUUUUUUUUGUUGUUUUGAUUUAUUGUUCUACGUUGCCGCGCUCGCGAUAGAACCAGAGGCAGAGCGAAAGCCUCUGCUGCUCCCGGGUCUGUUUUAUCAUUUCUCCGCCAAGACACAAAGACUCUUCACGUCUGUCAGACAUCUACCGGCGGGCGCCUACCGGCUCCACGGGAGCGGACUCGACUAAAAUAGCGUUCGCAUCCAGUUGUUUUAUCCUGCUUUGAGCUCCGUGUGACUGCUCUGAUCAGGUAUCCUCAGUUAGAACGACAGACCAAACGGGCUGGAGCACACAUAGGCAACGGUUUCCAUGGGGAGGGAGAAUGAAAAGUGAUGGCGAGCGUUUCCAGACUUUUUGUUUUGUGUGCCGAUUCUUAAGCAGUGUUCAAAGCUGAGUAAAACAAAUUGCGUGCUUACCUACGGGCAUCUUUAGCUCCCCGUGGCUGUUCCCUGGUGAGUUUCCAGUCGCCCUCAUAAGAGCUCAUAGGGCGCAACUAUGAGGAGCCCCCACUUGUCCACAUGCCUUAAAACAGAACGGGUAUGUUUGUGCGUCCCGCUGUUGUCUGCCAUGAAGUCCGCCGUUGUGCUUGUCUUUACUUUUUCUUUUUUUUAAGCGAUGGGGGGCCCCUGAAAUCAUGGAGCUGCUGGUCCCACCCAUGUUUUCUUUCAGGGAGCCCAACCCACCUUUACCUGAUUGAGUUUGUUUGUGUGAGUGUGUGCGCACACUCUGGCAGGCACUUAAGUGUUUUAGUGAGUGUGUCCGUGUGUAAGUGUGUAUAUGCAAAAGAAGACCUACAUGAGACAAAAAAAAAAACAACAACACUUGAACCUCCAAACUGUGGUGGUGCUGGAAGAACCUUCCCACCUUUCCCCUUGGACUCUUUCCUUAUUUUUAUAGUGAUACUCAAUAUUUCAUGACACACAUUAGAGCCCAGAGUUCUAAUCAUUAAAUCAUCUGCUUAUGCUUUUGCAGAUAAACCCCAAGGAUAUGUGUUUAUUUCACAUAUGAGCAAAUUGUGUAAAGGCCUUACGUGUGGGUGUAUGAAAGAAGAGAGUGUGUACGCUUGUGUGAGUGUGUGUGUGUGUGUGUG